AAUGCACUCCUACUGUAUAGUUGUACGCACAAUCAAUUAUUUAAAUUUAAAAUUAAAAAAAAAAAAAAAACGAAAAAAAAAAACAGAACGAGUAAGCCACUCAAAGCGCCAACAUAAGCAUACAGCUUCAACCAAGCUGUCGAUUAUUUCCUCACCGCGUUUCCGCUAACCUUUUUCAACUUCUCUCUCUCACUAGAACUAGUCUAAUAUAGUACUCAAAAUAUACUCUCCCUCUCUCUCUAUAUCUAUAUAUUCACAAACAAAUCUUUCUCUCUCCAGUUUGAAAUCCAAAUAACAUGGCUCCCUGUCUCUUCAUCUUGACCCUCAUCAUCGCCGCCAUCUGCUCCACCAUCUCUGCCCAAACCCCUCCUGCCCCAGCACCGGCCUCCGAUGCCUGUAACGAAAUAUUCUUAUCCUACGCCUACACUACCGGAAUAAAGAUCCCUCCGACUCUCAAGUCCGAUGCGACCCACCAGCCCUACCGGUUCGAAUCCACAGUUACCAUACUCAACAACGGCCUCGAAGAGCUCAAGUCUUGGACGGUUUUUGUUGGUUUCCAGCACAACGAGUACUUGGUGUCCGCUUCCAAUGCUGUGCUCGCCGACGGGACUAGCCUUCCGGCUAAUGUUGGGAACGGCACCGUUUUUGCUGGCUACCCGGCCACUGAUCUCAAGACUGCCGUCGAGACCGCCGGUGAUGUGACCCAGAUGUCGGUCCAGAUCGAUUUGGUGGGUACCCAGUUUGGAAUCGGGUCCCCAAAUGUCCCAAUGCCCACCAAUAUAUCGCUUGCCAAUGAUGGCUUUAUUUGCCCUAAACCCUCUAUGCAAGGGAAAAGUGAAAUGCAUGUUUGCUGUACCAGAGAUUCGAACUUUAAAUCAAACAUCACCACGGAUGACGAAUUUUUGCCCCGUCAAGAUGGUGAUCUUACAAUAAUGUAUGAUGUUAUCAGAACGUAUGACACGAAUUAUUGGGCACAGGUUACAAUCUCAAAUCACAAUCCUCUUGGCCGUCUUGAUAAUUGGAGAUUAAGCUGGGACUGGAUGAGGGAUGAGUUUAUAUUUGCCAUGAAAGGGGCCUAUCCGACAGUUGUUGAUUCAUCUGAUUGUGUAUUUGGCCGGCAAGGUCAGUACUACAAGGACAUGGACUUUACCAAUGUAUUGAGUUGUGAAAAAAGGCCAACCAUAAUUGACCUGCCGCUGACAAAGGCCAAUGACACAAAUCUUGGAAUGAUACCUUUUUGUUGCCGAAAUGGUACAAUCUUGCCCCCAUUGAUGGAUCCAAGUAAGUCGACUUCUGUUUUCCAACUUAAUGUCUUCAAAAUGGAACCAGAUCUCAACCGUUCCCAGCUCAGCCCACCACAGAACUGGAACAUCAGUGGCCGGCUAAAUCCAGAUUAUAAAUGCGGACCUCCAGUGCGGGUGAGCCCUAGCCAAUUCCCGGACCCAAGUGGGUUACCAUCAGAUUCAACUGCAAUCGCAAGCUGGCAAGUGGUGUGCAACAUCACACAGCCUAAGGGAGCAAGCCCCAGAUGCUGUGUCUCCUUUUCUGCAUUUUAUAAUGAGUCUGUCAUUCCAUGCAAGACCUGUGCUUGUGGGUGCCCUAGUAACACCGGUCGUACUUGUAGCACUACUGCCCCAGCUCUUCUUCUUCCAUCUCAGGCUAUUCUUCUUCCUUUUGAGAAUCGAACUAACUUGGCUGUAGCUUGGGCAGAUCUUAAACAUUUCACAAAGCCAGAUCCAUUGCCCUGCGGAGAUAACUGUGGUGUCAGCCUCAAUUGGCAUUUGUAUACAGAUCACAGUGGCGGGUGGACUGCAAGGAUCACGAUUUUCAAUUGGGAUGACACCGCAUUUGUUGACUGGUUUGCUGCAGUACAAUUGGAUAAAGCGGCUCCUGGAUUUGAAAAGGUGUACUCAUUCAAUGGAAGCGCCUUGAAUGACGUCAACAAUACAAUAUUCAUGCAGGGCCUUGAAGGUUUGAACUAUCUCGUGGCAGAAUCAGGUGGUGCUAACCCACAGAAGGAUCCUAGGGUGCCUGGAAAACAACAGUCAGUGAUCUCUUUUACAAAGAAAAAUAUCCCUGCAAUUGAUGUGGCUGGUGGGGAUGGGUUUCCUACUAAAGUAUAUUUCAAUGGGGAGGAAUGCUCACUUCCAACAGUACGUCCAACUAGCAAUACUCAUAGGAAGGGCUCAACCAUAAUAAUUUCAUUACUCCUAGCUGUGUUAGUAUUCAUGUUAUUGCAGCAAUAGCUAGCCAUGGGAUGAGGUAUGACUGCUUGUUUGUAGCAUAUUCCGCGUUUUUUCAUUCUUUCGGUGAUUUGUUGGACAAAUGCUCUCUCUGUUGGGUGCUUAGGCGGUUCGACUACCAGAUUAUAGUGCAGAAAGUUCUUAUACUUGAGUGGUGGAUCACAUUGCUCUGAGAUUCCUGAGUAAUAUCAGACUUAUAUUUUUUUUUUUGGUUAAAGGGUAAGCUUGAUAUCAGACUUACAUUGUUACAGCUAAUAUGUGGAAAUGGUACAUACUUUGUUAUUGUGUACACAGCAUUAAAACAGGUUUUUCUAUGAUUGAUUCUUUGUAGUAGUAUUUUUCAUUUGUUUC